CGCUAGGAGGGCAGGCGGCUGCAGGCAGGGUUGGGAGUCAGGCUUACAGCGAUGGACGGGCUGCAGCAGUGGCCAGGUGGUAGGAGCCUUGUAGGGAGGGCUGGUGCAUUGGAAAUGGGCCUGGCUUUGCCCUGUGCCUGCCGUGGAUCUGGCCCUGUACUGCCCUGCCUUGCCCUGUACCUGCCCUACUGUUACCUGGACUCUCGGCCCUGUCCUGCUCUGGUCCCAUCCUGUCCCUGUCUUGGCCCUGUGCUACCCUGUCCCUUCCCUGGUCUUGCCCUGGCACUGGCCCUGCCCCGAACCUGCACUGGCCUGACCUUGGCUCUGGCCCUGGCUCUGACCCUGCCCCUUGUCCUGACCCUGGUCCUGUCAUGGCACUGGCCCUGCCAAUGGUCAUGGUCCUGCUCCUGUUCUGGCCCUGACCUGGCCUUGGAAAUGUCCUGGCCCUGCUUUGGCCCAUCCCUGCCCUGGCCCCACCAUGGGCCUGCCUGUUCUGCCCUCUCCUGGCACUGACCUUGCCCUGUCAUGGCCCAGUGGUGCCAUUGCCCUGCCUUACCCUGCGCUGGUUGUGCCUUGGCCCCGCUUGGUGCUGGCCACUCCCUGGACCUGCCCUGGACCUGCCCUGACCCUGCCUUGGCUUUUGCCCUGCCCUCACUAUGGCCUGGCCCUGGCCCUAGCCCUGGUCCUGCCAUAUCCCUGGCCCUGCCCUUAUCCAGGCCCUGCCCCUGCUGCUGCCCUGGCCCUGGCCUGGAACCUGGUCCUGUCAGCGACCUGCCCUGACUCUGCCAUGGCCCUGGCCCUGCUCUGCCUUGUUCCUGGCCCUGACCCAGACCCAGACCCUUUCCUGGCUCUGCACUGGCCUUUCCCUGGCCCUGAGCUGGCAGUGGUCUGCCCCUGGUCUUGCCAUCACCCUGCCCUGCUGUGCUCCGGAUGUGUCAUCACCCUGCCCUGGCCCUACUCUGCCUUUGACCCUGCCCUGGCCUUACCUUGGCCCUCACCCUAGUCUUCGCUAGGCCCAGCACAGACCUGGCUCUGACCCUGGCCCUGGUCUUUGUCCUGCCAUAGCCUUGGCCCUGAAGUGGACUUGGAGGUGUCCUGGCCCCGGUGUAACAUGGCUCUGCAUUGGCCUGUCUCUGCCCUGCCCCUACCAUCGCCUUGCCCUGCUCUGCCCUGUCCCAGUACUGACCCGGCCAUGCUAUUUCCCUGUCCUACCCUGCCUUGGCUGUGCCCUGGCUCAGUUCUGGCUCUGGCCCCGGCCCUGCCCUGGACAUGCUCUGACACUGCCUCAGCCUUGGCACUAGCCUGGCUCUUUCUUGGCAUCAGCCCUGCUCUCUCUGUGGACCGGCUCUUGUCCUGUCCUGCACUGGCCAUACCAUGCCCUGCCCUGCCCUGCCCUGACUCAGCCCUGACUCAGCCUUGGCCUUGGCAUUGCCCCUGGUCCUGCCAUAUUUCUUGCCCUGUCCCUACCCUAGCCUUGGCCCUGAUCCUUACCUUGCUCUGGCCCUGCCCUUGCCCUAAUGCAGCCCCUGGUCCUGUCAUGGCCCUGCCCUGGACCUGUCCUGGCCCUGGCCCUGGCCCUUCCCUGCUUGAGACCUUGCCCUGGUUCUCCCAUGGCCCUGACCCUGAAAUGCCUGGCCCUCCCCUGGCCUUGCACUGCUCUGGCCCUUGCCCUGACUCUGGUCCUGUCACUGACCUAGCCCCAGCCCUGUUGCUGGUCUUACCAUGGCCCAGACCCUGCCUUGGCCCUGCCCUGACACUGUCCUGGAUCCUGGCUGUGCCAAGAACCUGUACUGUCCUUGCCCUUGUUUUGCUCCUGCCCCGAACCUGGUCCUGCCCAGGCCGUUUCUAUGGCCCUGGCCCUGGCCCUGCCCUGCCCUGGCCCUAUGCUUUCCUGGCCCUGCCUUGCUGGCCCUGGCCCUGCCUUGGCCCUAGCCUGGCUUUGACCCUGCCCUGGCCCUACCUUGGCCUUCACCCUAGCCUUACCUGGGCACUGUGUUGGACCUGGCCAUAGCACAGACCUGGUUGUGGCCCUGGCCCUGCCGUGGCUCUGGCCCAGACCCUAGCCCUGCCAGGUACCUGUCCUGGCCCAGCUCUGGGCCUGGCUUUGUCCCUAAUUCUUAGAUGACCCUGGCCCUGCCCCUGCCCUUGCCCUUGCCCUGGCACUGGCCUUGGACAUGUCUGUGGUCCUAACCCUGGCCCUGCCCUGGAGCUGCCACUGUCUUGGCCGUGCCCUGGCUCUGGCCCUGCCCAGGCCCUGGCCCUGCCCUGGCCCCAGCCAUAGACCUGCCCUGGUUGGUCGUGCCCUACCUUAACCCUGUGCUACCCUGGGCCUGCUCCACCCUGCCCUGGCCCUGCCCUCCCUUUGGCCCUGCCCUGACCCCACCUUGGCCCUCACACUGGCCCUAGCACAGACCUGGUCCUAUCUGUGGCCUUGGCCUGGCAUUGACCCCUGCUCCUGACCCUGGUCCUGCCAUGGCCCUGGCUCUGCCAAUGACCCUGGCAGCCCUUACCCUGGCCCUGUCUUGGCCCUGGCCCUGAACUGGCCCUGCCCUGACCCUGGCCCUGAAGUGGAUUUGCAGGUGUCUUGUCCAUGGUUUAACCUGGUCUUACCAUGGCCCUGUCCCUCCCCUGGCUCUGUCCUGGUCUUGUGCUGACCCUGACCCAGACCUUGGCCCUGCCCCAGCCUUGUCCUAGACCUGGCCAUGGCCGUGCGUCUGCCCUGGACCGGCGCUGGCACUGGCAUGGACCCUGGCCCUGGCCCUUCGCUACUUAAGGCCAUACCCUGGCCCAGCCCUGGUCCUGACCCUGUCCUGGCCCUAAUUUGGCCUGGCUCUACCCUGGCAUGCUAUUCUGGCCCUAGCCCUGACCCUGUCCCUGUCCUGGUCCUAGCCCCAUUGCUGGUCUUGCCAUGGCCCUUGUCCUGACAUUGCCCUUUCCUGGUUCUGGCCCUGGCCCUGUCCCAGCCCUGCUCUGGCCCUGGUCUGAACCCUGGCCCUGCAAUAGACCUGCCUUGGUCCUGCUCAGACCCUGGCUCUGGCCCUACCUCUCCCUGGCCAUACCCUUGCCCUGGCCUGGACCCCGGUCCUGGUCCUUGUCCUGCCCCAGCCGUGGCCCUGGCCCUGCCCUGCCUGUGCCCUGUUCUAUCCUGGGCUGGCCCUGCCAUGGCCUGGUCUUGCCAUUGCCCUGCCCUAGCCUGCCCUGCUUGUGCCCUAGAUCUGCCCCGCUUGUGCCCUAGAUCUGCCCCGGCCUUUGCCCCUGUCUUGGUUCUAGCCUCGACUCAGCCCUGGACCUUCCCUGACCUUGCCUCAGCCCUGGCACUACCCUGGCAUUGCCUUGGCAUUUGCCCUACUCUCUCUAUGGCCUGGCUGUGGUCCUGCCCUGCUCUGCUCUUGUUCUGUCCUGGCACAGCCCUGGCCCUGCCGUAUCACUGGCUCUGGUCCUGCCUUUAUGCAGACCUGACCCUGCCACUGCCUUGGCUUUGGCCUGGACCUUGGCCAUACAGUGACCCUGCCAUGACCCUUUCCUGGUCCUGGCCUGGAACCUGGCCCUGCCAAGGACUCGCCCUGGCUCUGUCAUGGCCCUGGCCCUUUCCUGGAUUUGGAUGUGUCCUGUCCCUUAUUUGCCCUGGCCCUUCCCUGGCUCUGCCAUACCCCUUCUCUGGGGUAGGGCCAGGGUCAGGACCAGACCAGGGCAGGGUCAGGACCAGGGUAGGGCCAUGGUAAGGCCUGAAGAUGGGAAGGGCCAGGGCAGCGGCUGGACCAGGGAAGGCUCAGGGCCAGGGAUGUAGUAGGACUAGGGGCAGAGCCGGCACUAGGGCUGAGCCAGGGCAGAGCAGGAGAGAUUACUUUAGGCUAUUACGUAAAAUUUUUAUUUUAGAUUUUUAAGAUAACUGUGGUAGUAGUAAUGUCUAUAGUAUGUUGUUUGUAAUAGUAAUAAUAUUUGCAGUAAUCACUAAAUUUUAACUAAUACUAUCUUUGCUUCCAGUAGUGUUCUAUGAGUAUAAUUUUAUCAACAUGUAAAUAUGUGAGGCAUUGAUUCUCAUAAUAAUUCUAUAUGCUAGGUACUUAAAGCAUCCCCAUUUUCCAAAUGUAGGAAACAGACAUAAAGAAGGUAAAUACUUGGCCAGAUUACUCCUGUAAUCCCAGCACUUUGGGAGGCCAAGGCAGGCAGAUGGCUUGAGCUCAGGAGUUUGGAACCAGCCUGGGCAACAUUGUGAAACCCCAUCUCUACUAAAAAUGCACAAAAAGAACUAAUUUAAGUUUCUUGUAGGAUUCUGGUUAUAAAACACUGGUCAAACACACAGGGCAUGGAUAGGGCAGGGCCAGGGACAAGGUCAGGCCAGGAAGGGGCCAGGGCCAAGGCAGGGCCAGAGCUGGACUUGGAGGUGUCCUGGUCUGAUUUGCCCUGCCCCAACGUUGGCCCAGCUCUGCUCUGGCACGUCCUGUCAUGCCCUGUCCCUGGCCUGAGCAUUGGCCCUGGCCCUGUCCUGCUUCUGGCCCUGCCCUGGAGUUGACCAGGCACUGCCAUGGCCCAGUCCUGCAUUGCCCUGCCCUCCUCUGCCCUGGUGCUACCAUGGCCCUGCUUGGGCCCUAGCUCUGCCUCGACUCUGGACCUGCCCUGACUCUGCUCAGCUCUGGAUCUACCCUGACUCUGCCUUGGUGUUGCCCUCCCAUCUCUAUGGCCGGGCUCUGGCCAUGCCUUGCACAGGCCAUGCUCUGCCCUGCGUGCCCCAGCCUGGGCCCAGCCCUCAUCCUACCAUAUUCCUGACCCCAGCCAUACCCUUGUUCUGGCCAUGACCCUGCCGUGGCCCUCUCCUGGCCCUUCCUUGGUCCUGCCCUGCCCUUCCAUGCCCUGGCCUUGCCCUCACCCUGCAUUGGCCCUGCACUGGUCCUGCCCUGCCCUGGCACUGCCUUGGCCCCGGCCCUGCCUUCUCCCUGGCCUUGCCUUUGCCCUGCCCUGGCCUGCCCCCAGGCCUACUGAGUCCAUGAAAUGGCCCUGGACCUGCCUUGCCAUCCUCUGUCCUGGCCCUGUAUUGUCCCCAUCAUGCUCUGGUCCAGCGCUUGCCCUAGCCCUGUUGCUAGUCCUGCCACUGCUAUGGCCCUGCUCUGUUUUUGGCCAUGCCAUGUGCUACCCUAGCCCUGCCCUGCCUUGGCCUUGGCCCUACCAUGGCCUUCUCCUACCCUGGCCUGGCCCUACCCUGGCCUUUUCUACCCUGGCCUUGCCCUUCCCUGGUCUUGCCCUGCCCUGGCCUUGCCCUGCCCUGGCCUUGGCUUUGCCUUAUCCUGGUCCUGGUUCUGCCCUGACCCUGGCCUUGCUCUGGAUCCUCUCUGGUUCUGCUUUCUCCCCGGCCCUGCCCUUGCUCUGGCCCUGUCCCUGGCCCAGCCUUGACCCUGACCCUGGCCCUGACAAUCCCCAGGUCUGACACUGGCCAUGCUUGGCCCUGGCCCCUCCUUUUGGCCCUGCCCUGGCCCUGCCUUAGCCCUGUGCUAUCUUAGUCCUGCCCUGGCCCUGAACUCGCCCUGGCCCUACCCUCACCCUACACUGGCCCCGCCCUACCCUGGCCUUGCCCUGCCCUGGCCCUGCCUUUGGCCUGCUCUGGCUCUGGUUCUGCCCUGGCCUUGCCCUUGCCCUGGACCCUCCCUGGCCAUGUUUUUUCCAUGGUCCUUCUCUGGCCUUGCCCUUGCCCUGUCCCCUUUCUGGUCCUGCCAUGUUUCUGGCCCUGUCCUGUCCAUGUCCUGGACCUGACUCUGGCCCUGGAUCUCCCUGUCCUUGCCCUGCCAUACCCUGGCCCGUUCCUUGCUCUACACUGACCCUGCCCUGCCUUGGCCCUGUGCUACCCUAGCCCUGCCCUGGCCUUCUGCUGACCCUGAUCCUGCCAUGGCCCUGGCCCUGCCAUGUCCCUGCCCUGGCCCUGGUUCUUCCCUGCUUCUGGCCCUGGCCUUGGUCCUCUCAUGUCCCUGGCUGUGACCCUGCCCCUGGUUUUUCUCUGGCCAUGACCCUGCCCCAGUUCUGUCCUGUCCCUGGCCCUGUCCCAGUUCUGUCCUAGCCCUGGCCUUUCACAGUACUUUAUGCUUAGUAAUGUCUCCAUGGUGUCUGUGAGUUGAAUGUUGUGUUCAUAGUAUCUGCCAAAACAGAAAGAAAAAAACAAAAUAUUUUGAUAAGAAGUUAAAGCUUUGUAUAUAAUAUGCCUGGAAUUGUCAGUGCCUGUUAUUAGUUGUAUUACAUAUAGGUCAUGGUUUUGUACACAUAACUCCAAACCAUUGAUACUGUUAAAAGGAUAUAUGAAUAUAUGAAAGAAUGUAUAAACGUAAGAAUGUAUCAGUAUCUAAUGACCUUUCCAAAUUAAUUUUUAUUUUUAGCUCUAUUAGAUUUUUCUCAAUGUAACAAAUGUUUAUUCCUAUGUAAUUAAGGGCGUAUUUCCUGUACAGAAUAUUCAUAUUACCUAACUGAAAAUUAUAUGAUACAAAAAUAUAAUACUAUUUUUAGGCCAGGCAUGGUGGCUCAUACCUGUAAUCCCAACAUUUUGAGAGGCCAAGUUUGGAGAAUCAUUUGAGUCCAGGAGUUGACCAGCCUGGGCAACAUAGUGAGACCUUGUCUUUAUUAAAUAAAUAAAUAAAUAAAUAAAUAGGUUGGGCACUGUGGCUCAUAUCUGUCAUCCCAGCAUUUUGGGUUGCCAGUGCAGGAGGAUUGCUUGAGCCCAGGAGUUUGAGACCAGCCUGGGCAGAAUAGCAAGACUCCAUCUCUGCAAAUAAUAAAAUAUUAACCAGGUGUGGUGGUGCGCACCUGGGGUCCCAGCUACCUGGGAGGCUAAGGUGGGAGGUUUGCUCAAGGCUGCAGUGAACUGUGAAUGCACCACUGCAUUCCAGCCUAGGCCACAGAACAGGACCUUGUUUAUAAAGAAAUAAGUAAAAAUAUAAAUAAAAAUAAGUAAAAAUAAAUAUAAGUAAAUAUAAAUAUAAAUACAUAUAAAUAUAAAAAUGCAUACAUGAAAAGAAACAAUUUUUAAAUUUAA